GACUCACAUCCGAACACAUCAUCAUUACUUGACCCCCUACCCCAUAUGUUAUUUUCCUAUCUGUGUUUCGCAGUAAAAUAGAAGCGAUAACACUGCUGUAGAAUGAUCUUUAUCGCAUUAGUUGUGAAGCGCGAGAGCUUCGUGAGGGGAAGGUGGGACCAGGGUGGAAUCAUGCACAGGAAAGAAAGAAGGCAGACAGGUACUAAUGAUGAGGAAUUCUUGAAAGGAUGGUUAUUGUACAUAUUUGUAUAGGAGCGACAUCGCGUCACAUUGUCACAAGCUCCGCAGUUGGAAGUACACGUCAUCGAUGUUUUCGGAUAUACCUAUUACCUAUAUAGUUUUCGGUGAAUUUGAAAUAUUUCAAAGUAUCUAAUUAAUGCGUCUAGUAUAAUGAAUUCAAAUCAGUUGAAAUUUUCAAAAUUGGUCUCUUAUCAUUCAGGAUAGAGACAGUGACUGGUCGAGUAAAGCUGACGAUCGACUCUACCACAAGAAUUAAAGUGCUUGAAUUUUCGAUUUAUCGUCGUCGUUGAAAUGAGUAUCAGGACUUUGGACAUCAUUCUGGAUAAGCCAAAUAAGGUUUAUUACCCUGGAGAAAUGGUAACCGGGAGAGUUAAAUUGGUGCUGGAUUCUGUAAAGAAAAUCAGAGCUGUUCAACUCAAGCUGGUAGGAAGAGCCGAGUGUAAAUGGGAUGAAUACGAAACCUACUAUGAUCACGAAGGUAAAAGUCAAACCAGAACAAUUUCUCGAAGAUCAACUGAAACCUAUCUAAGAACUGAACAAUGUUUGGUUGGAGGAAGAGGUAAAUUUGAAUUGGCUGCUGGAAAACAUAUAUACCCAUUCGGUGUGAUGUUGCCAAUUCGUGCUCCAGCCUCUUUCAGCGGUUCAUAUGGAGGAGUCUCGUAUUACACAGAAGUAAAAAUUGACAUUCCAAUGGCGUUCGAUAAAAAAGAACGAACCUGUUUUACCGUACUCAAUCCUCUGAAUCUCAAUUUAUUUCCCAAUUUAAGAAAUUCGUAUAAAAACGAAAAAAACAAAACGUUCUGUUGUCUGUGGUGUGCCAGUGGUCCUCUUACCCUCGUUGUGCAUCUACCGAAAACUGGAUUCGUUCAAUCAGAACCAAUUCCAAUCACUCUGGAAAUCGACAACGCCAGUAACGUUACCGUGGACGCGGUUCAUAUUGAUUUGAAACGAAAGAUACAAUGGACAGCGGAGGGAUGCCAUAAAAACGAAGAUAUAAAACUUAUAAGAUUAAGUUUAGGCGGAGUGGAACAAGGAAAAUCUCAUACUUGGAGUGAGAAUUUUACGAUUCCUCCCGUUAGAUACCCGAACUUGAAAGGUUGUUCGUUCAUCAAGAUAAACCACGAAUUACGCAUCGAAGCUGACACUGGUCGGUUUUUUGAUUUAAAUAUGCAUAUCCCUAUCACAAUCGGUGACAUCUCUCUGAGCGAAGACGCAAACGCUCCCAUUAAUACCCCUCAGCAACCUCAAGACUAUCCAAACAAAAUACCCUACAAUCCUAAUGUUGUAAUUUGCAUUCCAACACGUACAGGAGUACCCAUGAACCCGGCCCCUUCACCAUAUCCAGCUCGAGGUCAACCAGCUGCGAAUUACCCAUACCCAGUAGUCCCAGGAAACCAAGCUAUUGGAGCGCCUCUUGGAGUACCUGCUCCAAGUCCCAAUUUCAUCGCACCUGAUCCGAAUCCGAAUGCUGGAGGAAUACCUCAAAUGCCACCUCCUCCUACUGCUCAAGUAUAUUCUCAAUCGAAUUAUCUUACUAGCGCAUACCCGGCUCCAGGAGGUGCUGUUCCGGUGCAGCAGUAUCACCCAGAAUUAUCGCGUCAGCCGGCUACUAAUCCCGAGUGUGCUCAGAAUGCUCCUCAUAUUCCAGUUCCGUUCAAUGCCGCUGCUGGAUAUGGUUUAACGCUUCCUUCGAUGGAUAGUAGUGUGCAAUUUGACAAGUCGUCGUUUUUGAAUGAUUCGAAGAGUCACGAUGCUCCAUCGCCUUUAUUCUCAUCAUCUCGAAACCGAAAUUUGAACAAAAAGCGUGUGUGAAAUUUUUCAAGGAACACAUAACUGCAACUUUUGUGUCUGUUCUCCAUUUUUUCCCCGUUAUUUUUUGCGUGAGAAAUGAAAAAUUUACCUCGAGUUGUUGGUAGGUGUACGAAACUAUUAUUAGGUAGGUACCUACCUCCUUGGAUUUUUUUCGUGAUUUUCAAAAUCGUGUGUAUAACUGUCAAAAAUCCUGCUUUGCCAUUUUCGGUAAAAUUGUCGAUGUUAUGAUUUUUUCUGUAAAAUUGGCAAAAAUGUCGUUUUCCAACAUAGCUCCUAAAAAAUGUCACUCUAUUCAAAAAUCCCAAAAAAAAAGUCACACAUUAUUUUAAUUUUGUCCAAAAGUCUUGUUUCUUGCCAGAAAUUCUCAACUUUCGCUAAAAUUGUCAAAGUCAUUUCCAAAAAGUUUCAAAAUAGCCCAACUUUUUAAUACUAAAAACGUAUUUUUUGAGUAUUUUUUUGUAACUUUUUUGCUUAUGUUUUAGAGCUUUUUUAAUUCAUAAAAUUUUGUUUUUUUUUGUUGUUUUUUUUCAAAAUUGAGUACGAACCCUGAAAAAACGAAGGGACCUAUUACGAAACACUGUACCAAAAUUUGAGUAGAAAUAUUAUAGAUAACUUUUUUGUGUAGUAGGUACCUAAUGUUAU